CAAGUUCAAAAGUAAAAAUGAAGUUCCUUGCCCUCUUUUUGAUUGCUUUGCUGGCCAGCUGCCACGGUGCCGAAGUAGCCGAAUCUUUGGCAGCUCAAGAACGUUCGGUUUCAAGCAAUAUUGUGGACGGUUUGGAAGCACUGAAAAUCGUAAUGGAAAAUGGUUCGGAGAAGCAUAACAUUCCAGUUGUAUCGCCUCUUAAACUGGAGCACAGGCAAUUCUCAUUCAGCACUGGUGAAUUGAGUGCCAAUGGCGAGGUUCAAGAUUUCACACUGGAAGGACUCAGCGCCUAUGAUAUUGUUGUCAUGAAAACCAAUUUGAUUUUGAGCCGUAUCGAUUACGAAUUGAAUUUCCCGAGCUUGAAUUUGACCACUCAAUAUAAGGCUGAUGUCGGCAGUGGAUAUCGUAUGGAACGUGAAGGCGGUGCCUUUUUGGCUCUCGAGGAUUUGAACAUUUCGGGCCGCAUCAGUUAUUCGUUGGGUGUGAUCAGCGGAGAGUUGUCAGUGAAGAGUAUUAAUGUUUAUGUGAAAGUUGGCAAGGUGGUCUCUGAAAUUGAAAAUCUAUCGAAAUACCGCAUACUGAACGAUAAAUUGAACGAAAUCAUCGUAGAGUUCAUUACAUUAAGCAUCAAUGAUAAUACGGAUUGGGUUGCCAACUAUAUAAAUGAACUUCUAACGCCCAUGUGCAAUAAUUUAAUUGAUGGACGUUCCCUUUCUGACAUCUUGGGACUACUUACAAAUCUGUAAGAUUCCCCCGCCACACCCAUCAUAAAAUCAACAACUGUGAAAUUCCUAAAGUUAAAUAUAGUUUCUAAUCAAUCAUUUAUAAGUCCAACAAUAUAUGUACAUAUAUAGCAAAAAAAAAAAGAAAAAACGUUUUGACCAUAAAACAACCACCAACGACCCAUGUGCAAAAUUCAAAAUA